AUGCCACUCGCCCCCUUUUCUCAGGCCCUCUCUUCUCUCGCCCGGCUGAAUGAAAAACGGGUAAGCCGGCUUUCAAGUGAAAAUGAGGGACCUGUAAAACCACUUCCGAGUCGCUUGUUGGAUGUUUUCCUGCGUACAUGGGAUCUAGGCUUUACAGCCUUCGGAGGACCACCGGUACACUUCCAGAUUCUACAUAGCAGGUUCGUGGAGGGAAAAGGCGAUAAGGAAAAAUGGGUAGAUGAGCAGACUUAUCAAGAACUCUUUGCUAUUUGCCAGGGCCUUCCGGGUCCGGGUAGCACGAAGAUGGUUUUCUGCCUAGCCCUAUUACAUGCAGGUUUUAUUCCUGCCAUGCUUGUGUUUUUUAUUUGGGCCCUUCCUGGCGCAAUUGGCAUGUAUGCCCUCUCACUUGGGGUGCAAAGCAUGAGUGAAACUCUUCCCGAGCCUGCCUACGCCUUACUAUCUGGCCUCAACGCCUCUACAGUAGGUAUCGUUGCACUUGCGGCCGUUCAGUUGGCUGAAAAAGCUAUUCGCGAUAAAAUAUCCCGUAUCCUUGUGAUAUUUGGCGCAUGUGCUGGCCUCUGUUACAAUGCGCUCUGGUACUUCCCCGUGCUGAUGGUUAUCGGUGGCUUCGCGACGACCAUCUGGGAUGGAUGGUUGUAUCAACAAUUUCUGAGAGCAAAACUAGCGUGGAAGAACAGACAUCAUCGUCCCCAACAAGCGGACGAGACAAACGGGGACUCCAUAGCCAUGGACGAUACAGCCCUAGCAGAGAACGGAGUGCAAAGGGGUGAGACGCCGCGAUCGCGAAGGGCAGAUCGUAGAGUCGAAGGCCUACCACAGAACACAGGUGAUACUACAAGCCCAACGCCGUCCGUUGAAGUUGCUCUACAGCAGCACAUUAUUCGGAUUCGGGUCGGAAUUCUGAUUAUGUGCCUCUUUUUCGCUUCCUUCAUCGCAAUUCUUGUUGCCAGAGGCCAGCUCGCCGCACCCCCACUGGUCCUCGACCUCUUUGCCAAUAUGUACCUUGCUGGCACUGUCAUCUUUGGUGGAGGUCCUGUUGUUAUUCCCCUCCUACGCUCCUAUGUCGUCGAUCCCGGUUGGGUCUCUAGUAGAGACUUCCUGAUCGGGCUCGCCAUCAUCCAAGCCUUCCCCGGUCCCAACUUCAACUUCGCUGUCUUCUUGGGGGCACUGGCACUGCAGCGCUCGCAAUUCCCGACCGUCUUCGGUGCUUUCCUGGGCGGUUUGGGAAUCUUCCUUCCGGGAAUCACGCUGGCCGUUGCAAUCCAAAGCUUCUGGCGCGUGUUGCGGAAGAAGAAGUAUGUGGUCGACUUCCUCAGAGGAGUGAAUGCCACUGCAGUCGGGCUGGUCUUUACAGCUGUGUACCGCUUGUGGGAGAUUGGAUACCUGACUUCUGAAAGAAGCAACGGACAGAGUCUGGGUAAGGAGCCAUGGUGGGUGGUUGUUGCGGCGGUGACAUAUUCAGGGAGUGCAUGGUUCAAAGUGCCCCCACCUGUGGCAAUUGUGAUGGGUGCUAUCUUAGGGUUAUGCUGUCAGAUCGGGCUGCCGCCCGGCCGGGGAGACAUAACAGCGCUUAUGAGGCACUACACCUUUUCGCGCUCUUCGUUCCACGCUCUUCUCUCGAGUUGCAAUCUCACUGCCAAGGCGCUAGCUCGAACAUUGGGCGCAUUUAAGUACGGGAAUUUUUUCGUACUUCACGUGACUGUGGAUCGCCCUCAUAUAGCCCCCUCAUCACCAACCCCUAAUCCAGAUCAGCUGGCAGUUAGAGGACAACAGCCGCUCCACAUUUGCUCUGGUAUGGUCCUGUUUGUCGACGAUAUUUGCCUGUACCUGGACAGUCCUACACCCAAACCUCCCUCGACGAAACUCACCCACCAGCAAGUGCAAAACCAACACUCUGCUAAUUCCCCUCAAUUCCGCACGGAGUGGACCCUUCGAAAAUGUUUCUGUAUUCUUGCUGGUGGACUUGCCUUGCAGACGCAGGAUGGGUGGAUAUACGUCCUCCGAGCAAGCGAUAUGAAACCGUUCAUUGAGGCUAGCAUAGUCGAAGACAUAGACUUUCACGACCGUGAUGUUGAAGACCAUGCCAAAGCAGAUUCUUUGGGGAAAACAUUCACUGUCGUUCAAACUAGCUGGUUCCUUGUUGACACGAUAGCAAGAUGGGCAAGUUCUCUGCCGGUUUCACCACUCGAACUAGCCACAGUUGCUUAUAUUGCCUGUGGUGUACUGCUGUAUGCCAUGUGGUGGUACAAUCCUAAGGAUAUGACCACACCUAUCAUGAUUUAUGUCAAAUGCGAUCGUAAUGAUUUACCGACUCACCUUGUCGACCGCACGGCGACAAAUCCUCAUGGUUGGGUCCACCGUCACGCACACAUAAGGGAUCAAACCGUUUUGUCUGUUUUUGCGCAGGCUGCUCGAUGGCUUAAUGACGCAGCCACGGUACCUUUCGAUCCAGCAGAAGAGGGCUACUGUGCUCUUUUCGAAAAGCCAUCUCAUGCAUGCAUUGUGUGCGCUAUUAAUACCUUUGUUGCUUUUCUUUACUGUGGUAUUCAUCUUGCUGGGUAA